AAAAGUCAAUAGUCUGUGUACUCUGUGUUAGCAAGUACAAGUAGUAGUCCUUGCGGAAUAAGUUACGUAAUUAUUCAUUUUCCGCACCUAAUUCAAUCAAUUGUUGAAAAUGGGGAAACAUUUUGGAGAACUAGCGAAAAUAAGAGGAUUAAUUUCUUAUAGAUUAUCACCCCACGAACAACGGGCCUUUGCGGGAGCUAUUUCUAAUGGGAUACCAAACAUUUUCCGUAGAUUUCGCGAAAGUGUUUUCAGAGUUGCACCAGCCUUUAUUAUUGCAUAUAUGAUCUAUGAGGGAGUAGAAAGGGAACAACACAGACUUUCUAGAAAGAAUCCAGCUGAUUUUGCAAAUGAUGAAUAGAAGCAUGAAUAACCACUCACUAUGUAAAUGAUGUAGAAUAAAUAAAUUAUGUUA